GCUCGUCGAGUGUGGAAUGUCGUCUCUGUAGUCGGCUGUCGUCUCGUCGAGGAGUGAUGCGGCUUGGCCGCUGAUCGUGCGGAUACGGUGUGUUUGUGUGUUUCGUGCCGUGGUUUUCCCGGCGUGGUGGAGUGUGUGGUACAAGAUGCCGCAUGGCGGCGGCGGUGACGAUCUCGCCUCUUCGGACGAGAUUAAAGUGUUCAAAGACGAAGGCGAAGAAGAGAAACGCUCGUCGGAAAACUUGACAGACCUCAAGUCGAGCCUGGUCACUGAAGGGGAGGAGGUAAGGCAACGCGGACCCGUCUGGUGUUGGAGGCGCCAUGGCACGCCGCUGCCUUUGCAGGAUAAAGUGGGCGGACUGCCAGGGCAAACUACUGGAGGCUACCCGUCGCCAAAGCCAAGGUCCGAGGCCCUCGGAUCAAUCUUCGGGAAGUCCUUCGAACCUAUCCCUUCACCCUUUGGAUAUGCAUUUCCACACUACCCCAACGGGGCUCUUGGUGCCGCCGUCUCAAUGGCGAGCAAAGCUGUUCCUCCUCACCCGGGAUCUCCCUUGGGUUUCAUGGUCUACAACGAACCCUUCUCUCAACCUCCGCCAGCACACAUGGGCAUUCCCCCUGUCCACAUCGACCCAAAGACCGGUGAGAACCCUCACUACUCCACUGCCACCCUGCUAGAACACGCAAGUGGAACAACCCUGCCAAUGUGGAUCCACCGGCCCUCGGUCUACCCUCUCCCACCACCGGCGCAAUACCCUCACCCCGUCUUCUCACACGACUUUGCGCAGCAACUACAGUGGCAUUCUGCGGCGGCAGCUGGGAUGUAUUCGAUGCCACCGAUGAGCUCUGCAGGUUUCCGAAGUGCUGGAGGCUAUCCGCCUCCACUGCAUAGGCUCACACCUCCUCUCCUGUCUGCGGGCAUGGUACCUCAUGGUCUGCAUCCCGCGCUGGUGCCAUCCACCACAAAACAAGAUCUCUCAUCUCCCAUUCCAGACACAAGGCAUUGCCCUCCCAUGUACACCGGGGAGCAGAAACCGAUCCUGGGAAAAACGGGGCCACGUCUGGACAACCACAACGGUGGUCUCACCAAUGGGACAUCUCAAAAUGGCUCGGUGGGUGGAGAGCCCCAGCAUGUACACAGCAAUGGGAACAUGCAGCACAAUGGGAGCAAGGAGCCCAAGAAGAACAACAAGAGCCUGAACCAUGUCAAGAAGCCCCUCAAUGCCUUCAUGCUUUACAUGAAAGAAAUGAGGGCGAAAGUCGUGGCCGAGUGCACGCUAAAGGAGAGCGCAGCUAUCAACCAAAUUCUCGGAAGAAGGUGGCACAGUCUAUCUCGAGAAGAACAAUCGAAGUAUUACGAAAUGGCCCGUAAGGAACGGCAGCUGCACAUGCAGCUGCAUCCAGGGUGGACGGCCAGGGACAACUACGCCGUCAACAGCAAGCGGAAGAAACGCAAGAAGGAUAAGGCACAGGAUGGAGACAGCAACAACCCCAAGAAAUGCAGGGCAAGGUAUGGCUUGGAUCAGCAAAGUAGCUGGUGUAAGCCUUGCCGGCGGAAGAAGAAGUGCAUCCGCUAUCAGGAUGGCCUCGACAACACCGAGAGCGAAGACAACAUGGGUUCCGUGGAAGCGCCUACGCCCGAGUCGCAUUCAAGCCAUGGUGGAGGAGACGCGACGACCACAAGUAGCGGCAGCCCGUGCACAAGCUUAGGCACACCCGAAGACCCCCUUCAUGGAGCCCCCGAGCUGAGCCUAUCCAGUCCCCAGCCUCUGCGGGUGCCCUCCGUGAAGGCCGAGUGCUGCGCGGGGCUCAAACAACACCACCCGCUCAGCAUUCAGCACCUUACGGGUCAACCACUGUGCAAACGCGAGCCCGAUGACUGUGUCAUCCUCACCCCACCUUCCACGGACUCUUCGACAACAGCCAUUGUGCCGCCACUGCUCACAGUUACAUAGUUUUACGUCGCGUCUCCACCAGGGUUCAUGGGUUACUGUUUUCCCCCAUUUAGAGUGUCAUGCAGCUGUAUAUCAUGCUCCUUGGACCGCCCGACAAUUGAGUGUGCUGUUGAAGCGAGACUUCUCACCACAGUUUGUCGGUUUUCCACACGGUCAUCUCCAAGGCAGCUGUCACACGACCCUUGUUGCUGCAACAACACGUGCCAAUCGGUUGUCCGCUUGCCGCGGCGGCGCUGCUGCUGUGGCACCAUUUAUUUCCUGAAACGGCUUCCGCGAUUAUGGAAACACAAGCCAACAACAACCUCCCUAGUGGAACACUACUACGUUGCCGGAACGUUGCUGCAGUGUUUCCUUCAAACGUUAUCGGAACGUUGCUGAUGUCCUCCUCCUGUCAGAUACGUUCUGACAGUGUUACCAGAAAGCGUUGCUGCAAUACAGUGAUUUGUCCAAACCCCCUGCACACCCCUUAACAUCUUCCCCCUCCCUCACCAUCUGCAGGGGUGCUCUUCUUAUUCUGGCACAGACACGUGUCUGCAAUGGUGAAUAAACCAGUUAUAACGUAACUGUGCUUAUACCCUAUGCAUGGCAGUCGAGUGACCAUCACAUUCAGCUGCAAAGUGGGACGUUCAAACAACGUUAGACAGGAACAUUCCUCGAACGUGGCUCGUUCACGUUGUGGUACAUUGCUGAAUGGGUAGGGCCCACUUUUGACAGCACUGCAGCAACAUUGCCAACUGUUUACAAAUUGCAUUGCACAUCAGACAACAUUGCUUCAACGUUGCGGCAACAACGUGUGCUACUAGGGGGUCAAUAGCAACGGCUGACUGCCGACACAUGGGCAAAGGCUUAUGUACCGCCCUCAGGAAGCGCGCGUGGAGCACUGUUCCCCUAUUGGAGCAGUGUUCCACUGGAACUUUUUGACCUCUGUACAUAUGAUGGUUGUACCAAGUUGACUGUGGUAUCCAGAGUGCGUAACAGUGUUUACCGACAAAGUUGUAUCCAUGUUGUACAUAGUUAUGGGAUGCGCAAAACCGAAAGCAGUUCUCAUUGUACAGCUACUGCCAAACCAUCACAUCUUUUCUGUUGUUACGUCUAAUUGUUACCCCACUGGUGGGUCUGGCUGUUCCCUUGUUCACUCAUGUGUGUGUCCUACUACUUCUGUAUGCAACACGAUAGGUACAAGAAUCAGGACCGCUCAUAAGAUUAGGGAGUUUACGACCGUAAUUCUCUUUGCGCAGAGGUCGCCAUGCUGCACCGUUUUUUUGGUGCAGCGGAAAAGGCGGUCAUUCAGCGGGGUGCUCAUAGCGUUUGUUUGACCAGUAGCAACUGCGCGCCGUCUCCUUUCACGGUUAUCCCUUUGUUUAUCUCCCCCAGGAGAACUUGGCAGCAGCUGCAGCAAUUUUUUUAACCUGCUGCGAGGCUAGAGAUGACUUGACUCAAAAUGCUGCUAUUUAGUCGUUAGUCUUCCACAUGACAAACAGUAUUGCGGUAAACAUUUUUCAAUCUACGUGCAGCUAGUUUUGAGAAGAACUCUGUUAGAAAGCUGGACAAUAAGGAUGUGGAUUGCUGCUGCUGCUGUUCACACAAAAGCUGUGUGUCGCCUACCCUGUAUGCACUGCACCGUAGACCGCAGGGGAGCACCCGAUUGCUUUGCCAGAUCGCUGCGAGAAUAACCCAGCAGCGGGGCUGUCUGCUCAUGAGAUAGGGCCCUGUGUUUUAGGGUUUUACAUCUUUUUUUUUUGUAAAUUGUAAGCUUUUUUUACUUUUUAAUUAAAAAAAAAUUUUAAAAAAAAAUUUUGUAUUUAAAAAAAAAUUUGUAAUCUUUUUUAAAAAUUUUUGUGAAUUUUUAAAUUUUUUUAAUUGUAAAAACCUCGUCUUACACCAGGAGCUGCGAAAUAAGGUGAUCUUGGUUGGGAGAGCAGAUUUUUUUAGAGGAACAUACAAAAAGGAGCACUUCUCGCAUUUGAGAUGAACACGAGCGGCCGUGCUAAAUGUGCAGCACCUGGGGGUUCAAAAUGCGUCUCGCUGGGUGCGGCUCUCAAACACAGGGUUCUAUGCAUUCAGUGUUGCUAACUGUGGGCGCAUUUGCUUCUCGGCUAGGAACCGUGGCCGUGUGAACGUCGGGGGGGAAUCAGCUCAGAUAUGGAAAUCGACUCAGUCACAAGCAUCUUUUCACAGUCAUUGAUUGUUCUCCCUCUUGAUCUCAGUCAUAAAAUAGAGGGGCAGGAAUAGGGUCCCCAAAUAGUCCAAUGUCCACCGGGUCUUGACUGCGUUGAGCGUAGUGUAUCAUGUUUUGGUUAGCCAUCACUUUUACUGUGGGUGUCUGCAUUAUUUUCCUUUGUUUUUAGAUGUGAUUUUAUAGAGCAGUUGCUUUUAAUAGACUGAACACUGACGAGGGUGUGUUUUUUAGCAGACACAAACACUGUAUAGUUCCAAUAAAAAACAAAAAGUAAAAAGAAAAUGUAGGAAUGGACAGUAUGGACGGAGUCGAAGGGAAAAAAAAAAAGCGAGAGCGUACGUCUCAGUAGAGUCUUGCUGCAAUGACGUCAUUUCGUAACAAAUUUUCGGGAAAACAAAAACUCAGAUUUUUCUAAGAGUAAGGUACUUCAGAAUCAUGGUGUUUGUAUGUAGGAUUUUAUACCUAUAACUAUAUUGUUGCAAUAAUUUGACCUCAUCUCAUUAUGCAAACGGAACAUCAUUACGACAUGAAUAUAAUUUUUGUUGCACCAAAUCAAAAUGUUUUUCUUUUUUUCGUCCAAGAAAAAGUAUUGAGACUAUUUUCCAACGUAUUUUUCUGCUGUGGGAUAAGCUCUGAUUUUUGAGUAUGUGCAAUUGAGAGUGCUGUAAUUAGUGUGCAAGAAAUAAUUCUGUUCUCGUCACUUCUGAAACCAAGAGACCAGCAAUUUGUGUUUUAUUUGAGCAUUUUUGUGCAAUGUUGCACUUGUUUUCAUACACACAUCUGUAGUAUUUUAUUUUGUGAUCAUCCAUUUCAUGUGUCGAAGAAGUCGGUGUCGUUUCAUUUGUGCCAGCAUUCUCAUGUCAAGACUCCUAUGUCAUAAAUCAUGUGUUCGGACUGGGCAGCGGGCAUGCACCAUCGAAGUAACCACCUGUCAACCAUUUACGAUACAUUACGAACGUGAGCUGUUUUUUGACAACUCUGUAGAUGGAAAAAGCACCCAUGGCAAGCAGUGAAAUUGCACUCUUCUCGAAACAUGACACCCAUCUCUUAAAUGGCGUUGCCAUAUUAAAAUUAUAGAAUAUAAAAAAAUUGAAGUAAUACUAAUACUUUACGAAUACUUUAGGAAUGAAUACUUUUAAUGACCUAAAAGGCACCUGAAAUACGAUCAAAAGUAAACGAGACUUUUGUAAUUUCACCUUGCUUGCUCUCAUUGCCGCAAAUUAAUUUGCGGCGUGAUCAGUCAUGUUUCUUUUUCUUUUCUUUUUUUUUCUCAUUUUACACUCAGCAGCAGAAGAUCAUAACACCUGCCUUUCCACCACAUAAGCUCUCAAAUAUGGAAGCAUUAGCGUCGGCAUGCCAGGCCCCACUUGCCUGGUACACAAAACUGAUGGCAAACAUUGCCAGAUCCCCCACUCCCUCCCAUUGUGUAAGUGCAUGUGUGUUUGCACAUUUUGGAGAACCUUGCAGCCACCAGUAGUGGUGGAAACCAAUCUGCAUCAUGUGUGAUGAACAACUUUAUUUAAUGAUGAUUGAGAAGUUUCACUGAAGUGUGCCAAGCACCCAAUCCGAACACAUUUUGCAACAGAACUCACGACGACAAUGCCGACCUUGAUGUUUUCUGGGUUAGUCUUGGCCAUAAGGAGGCACUGUUCUGUAUAAAAUAAAGAUGUACAGUUUUCCUGAAA